AUGAAUCCUUUUUCUACUUUGAAUAUCCUCUUAUGCUUUUUAGUUGGGAUUGCAGCCAGUGCUCCUUCUGGCCUGAAACUCCCAACGCCCACAGAGCAUUUUCAACGUGGUUCGACCUGGGUCCAUCCCGGUGUGAUGAUUAGCCAGGAUCAGGUCGAUUAUUUCAAAGCAAAAGUGGCUGCCUCCUCGUCGCCUUGGCUUGCGGCUUAUGACCAGCUUCUUGACCAAACGGGGGUCGCCGAUGCGACAUAUACGCCCUCGCCAGUACCGACCGUUGUCUGUGGAUCGUACAGCAACCCAGAUGUUGGAUGUUCUGCCGAGCGUGAAGACUCGCUUGCAGCGUAUGGAAAUGCCUUAGCAUGGAUUGUUAGUGAAGAGCAGUCCUAUGCAGAUAGAGCUAUUGAUAUUAUGAAAGCUUGGUCUUCGACUGUCAAAAGUCAUAAUGAUUCUAAUGCGCCCCUCCAAUCCGGCUGGGUUGGAUCAGUCUGGGCUCGUACGGGGGAACUGAUUCGGUAUUCAGAUGCUGGCUGGAGCAAUGAUGCGAUCCAGGAUUUUGAAGAAAUGCUGCGCACCGCCUAUAUGCCAUUUGUGAUUGGUGGCUCGACUUAUAACGGAAACUGGGAGCUCGUUAUGACAGAAGCCGCGAUGUUUAUGGGGGUGUUCCUUGAGAAUUCCACAGCAUACGAUACUGCCAUGGCACUCUUCAAAGCUCGCGUUCCUGCCUAUAUCUACAUGACCUCGGAUGGCUCCUUACCAGUGUACCCUCGGGGAAUCAGUACUGAGGCUGCAUUGAUCAGCUAUUGGGAAGGACAAAGCACAUUCGAGGCUAGCGGUAUGGCACAAGAGACAUGUAGAGAUCUGGAGCAUACAGGAUAUGGACUGGCAUCCAUCGCACAUGUAUCAGAGAUGUCACGCAUCCAAGGUACGGACUUAUACCAGACUUCCAUUGGCACUCGCCUUCAAGCGGCCCUUGAAUUCCAUACCCAAAUUUCCGAGGGUGUCGAUGUUCCCUCGUGGCUCUGUAACGGCACUCUCGACUUGACCUUGCUCUCCACGACGGAGAUUGGAUUCAAUGCAUUUGCGACAAGAAUGGGUUACACCAACUUGACAUAUACUGAUGAGUGGACCGUUUCACGUCGGCCGGCCGGGAAUAAUGGACUUUUUGUGGCAUAUGAGACCCUCACCCAUGCUCACAAUCCAAACUAA